AUGAGGGGCUUAAUAAUAGCUCUGACUUUAGGCCUUGUUGGGAGUCAGUCUCUUAAUUAUCAACCUACUUUCAGUGAAAGAAAGGUUUAUAUAUAUGAUCAUGAAAGUAUACUUCUCAGUGGACUCCCAGAGAAAGGACUUGCAAGAGCUGGAAUAAGAAUAAAAAGUAAAGUGGAAAUUAGUGGCAUUGGGCCAAAACUUUGUCUUAUUAGGAUUCAUUCAGUGGAAGCAGCAGAGUACAAUGGUGUCUGGCCCACAGAUACAUUCACUCGGUCAUCUAAACUGACCCAGGCUGUUUCUGGACUAGUGAGCAUGCCCAUCAAAUUUGAAUACAGCAAUGGCCAUGUUGGGAAUCUCCUGGCUCCAGAUGCCAUGACAGAGGACGGUCUUAAUAUUUACAGAGCUAUUCUAAAUGUGAUGGAACUCACCUUGAAGAAGACACAGAUCACAUAUAACUUACAGGAGGCUGGAAUUUCAGGUGUCUGUAACACUACCUAUGUGACUCAAGAAAAUAAACGGGCAAAUCAAGUCUAUGUGACCAAAUCCAAGGACCUAAACAGCUGCAAUGAAAAAGCUCAAAUGACUACUGGUUCUGCAUACACAUAUCCAUGCAAGACCUGCAAAGAAAGUAACAGACAUUCCCGGGCUACUGCUACUUAUAGUUACAAAAUCAAAUCUACCCAAGAUGAAGCUAUAAUUGUAGAAGCUGAUGUUCAGGAACUCCAUCAGUUCACACCAUUCAAUGAGAUAACUGGAGGAGAUGCUGUUGUAGAAGCAAGACAAAGCAUCAUUUUGAAUGAUGUGCAAAAACACUUCCCAGAAAUCCCAUCAAAAGACUUCCGGAAACGAGGCUUACUUCAACACCAGUUUGGCAGUGAAUUGUUCCAACUUCCUGUCCACUUAUUCAAAAUAAAAAAUGUGGAAAGUCAGAUUGUAGAAACCCUGCAGUAUCUGGUAGACCACAUCCAUGAACAGGUUCCCAGUGAUGCACCAAUGAUGUUCCUAAAGCUUGUACAACUUUUCCGCGCAGCAAGUGAUGAGAUUUAUGAGUCAGUUUGGAAGAAGUUUUCCAGUCGGCCGGCAUACAGGCGUUGGAUUUUGGAUAUAAUUCCUGCAGUUGCUGAUCAUCCCGCAAUCAAGUUCUUAAGGCAUAGAAUUGAAGGGGAAGAACUCACCGAGUUGGAAGCAGUUCAGGCAGUGCUUGUGGGCCUGUAUUUAACUACACCAACCCGUGAUGUGGUGGAGGAAGCUGGGCUCAUCCUGAAAAAAGUGCAUCCACACUCAGGUACUUUACUUCACAAAAUCGCCUAUCUUGUCUAUGGAUCAUUGGUUCACAAGUACUGCUUUGUCUCAGACUCCUGCUCUGGGCCAGCUCUCCAGCCACUUCAUGACCUUGCAGCAGAAGCAGCCAGCAGGUCCAAUGAAGAAGAAAUGAUUCUAGCUCUGAAGGCCAUUGGGAAUGUGGGACAUCCAGCCAGUUUAAAGCGCAUCAUGAAAUUUAUUCCAGGUUAUACAACUAGUGCUGCUGACCUCCCACUUAGGGUCCAAAUGAAUGGUGUGAUGGCCCUAAGAAACUUAGUCAUAAAUGAAACAAGACGGAUCCAAGAAAUUACCCUUGACAUUUUCCUGAAUCCCAAAAUCCAUCCUCAAGUCCGAAUGUUAGCUGCAGUGGUUCUGUUUGAAACCAAACCAAGUCUUCCGGUAUUGACAACUUUAGCCACUGCAAUGCUAAAGGAACCUAGCAUGCAAGUGGCAAGUUUCAUCUAUUCUUACCUGAGGGUACUGGGGAGAAGCACAGCUCCAGAUCUCCAAGUAAUGGCUUCUGCCUGUAGAAUGGUUAUCAGAAUACUAAGUCCCAAACUUGACAGACCUGGCUAUAGGUUCAGCAGAAUUUUCCACUUCAGUAUGUUCAGAGAAUCUCUUAUGACUGGAUUUGCAGCCAAAUAUUUGGUCAUGAACAAUGUAGGCAGCAUUUUCCCAUCAAUAGCAAUGUCCACAUUUAAGGCACAUUUCCUUGGACACAUUGCUGAACCCUUUGAGGUGGGAAUGAGAGCUGAAAGACUGCAGGAGAUAUUAGCAAAAAGAAGCUUCCAGGAAGGUUCUGCCAGUCCAUAUGAUUUGAAGGAAGUCCUAAGAGUGCUCUCUGAUUGGAAGGCAUUGCCCAGUGAUAAACCACUUGCAUCAGGCUACGUGAAAAUAUUUGGACAAGAAUUCCUCUAUGGUGCACUUGAUAAGAACACCAUCAAUAAUGUAUUUCAGGCAUGGUAUGGACCAGAAGGAAAAAAUCCCUCUCUGAGGAAAUUCAUAAAUAAUCUUCAAAGUGGAGUUGGAAGCCGGUGGUCCAAAGCUUUAUUGUCUGCUGAAGUCCGUCAUAUUGUUCCUACCUGUAUUGGAUUCCCAAUGGAGACAAGCUUGUACCAUGCCUCUGUCACUAAUAUUGCAGGAAAUGUUCAAGCACAGAUUACACCCACCCCAAGGUCAGAUGUUAAAAUAUCAAGCUUAAUGAAUGCCAACAUUAAACUAAGAUCCAAGCUGGCCAUAAGCAUGGCCAAGGACAUGAUCUUCGUAAUGGGAAUUAAUACACGCUUGGUCCAGGCUGGAUUAGAAGCACAUGCCAAAGUGAAUGUAAAUCUCCCUCUGAAUGUUGCUGCUACCAUACACAUUAAGGAAAAAAGCUUCAAAUUUGAAAUCCCACCUGUCAACCAGGAAACUAAUGUAAUUACUCUAAGCUCUAAGACAUAUGCUGUUACAAGAAAUGUUGAAGAUUUAGCUGCCAUUAAAAUGACUCCAGUUCUUCUACCUGAGGCAGUGCCUAACAUAAUGAAGACGUCCUUCGAUUCAGAUUCCGCAUCAGAGGAGGCUGAUAAAAUAAGGAAUAGACCAUCUUCAGAAAUUAUUUCACAAGAGCACCCUUCUACAGUUGAACAAUCACCUCAAAAGAAAAACCCAGCUGUUCAUGUAAUGUGUUUCAAUGCAACUACAUUUGGAUUUGGAAUUUGCCUUGAAAGGAAAAGCAUACAUGCUGCAUUUCUCAAAAAUGCCCCUCUCUAUUAUCUGGUUGGGGAGCAUACUGUUAAGCUGACCUUCAUAUCAGUCCCUACAGACGUGCCAAUUGAGAAAAUACAAAUCACCAUUCAGGCAGGUGACGCUGCUGCUGAGAAAAUGGUACGUUUAGUGACCUUUGUAGAUGAAGAAAGAGAACUAAGCAGAGAAGCAGUUGAAAAAGUGAAGAAAAUUCUUGAUGAUUCUUUUGAUGAGACUCAGAGAAGACCACAUAGUCUCCAAAAAUCUAGAAGAUCGUCCUCCAGCUCUAGCCGUGGUAGCAGCAGCAGCAGCAGCAGAAGUAGAAGUUCAAAGAGCACAGAGAGCAGUAGCCCAUCCAGCAGUGAUUCUCAGGCAAGAAAGACAGGUGACCAGAUAAAUCUGAAGAAGGAAGCAUCUUCAUUUGACUAUUCAUUGGGCCCAUCAAGCAAGAAACAGCAGAAGAAGGUGCCACGUGUCAAAGAACAUUCCAAAGGCAAACAAAAGAAAUUUUAUCCAUUUGGGGAGAGCAGCAGCAGCAGCAGCAGUGAAUCUCUGGAUAAAAAGCGCUCAGGUAAGAGACGUUCCACUCCAUCCCCAACUGAACAUGCUGCUAGUGAUGAUGUGCACAGACAUGAGAAGAAACAUUCCCAGUCUGCACACCCAAGCAAGCACAGCAGCAGCAGCAGCAGCAGCAUCAGUAGCAACAGUAACAGUAGCAGCAGUAGCAGCAGCAGCAGCAGCAGCAGUAGCAGCAGCAGCAGUAGCAGCAGCAAGAGCAGCAGCAGCAGCAGUAGCGGCAGCAAGAGUAGCAGCAGCAAGAGCAGCAGCAGUAGCAGCAGCAGCAGCAGCAAAAGCAGCAGCAGGAGCAGCAGCAAGAGCAGCAGCAGCAAGAGCAGCAGCAGCAAGGACAGUAACAGUAGCAGCAGCAGUGACAGCAGUAGCAGCAGCAGUAGCAGCAGUAGCAGUAGCAGCCACCCAAGCAGUAGCAGCAGCCGUAGGAGCCACUGUAAAGGUAGCAGCAGCGGUAGCAAUAGUAGCAGCAGCAGCAGCAGCAGCAGCAGCAGUAGCAGCAGUGACAGCAGCAGCAGUGACAGCAGCAGCAGCAGCAGUAGCAGCAGUGACAGCAGCAGCAGCAGCAGCAGCAGCAGUAGUGGUAGCAGCAGCAGCAGCAACAGCAGCAGCAGCCGCAGCAGCAGCAGUGGACCAAGUAGCAGAGCCAGCAGCAGCAGCAGCAGCAGCAGCCAGGCUACUGAUACGCCUCGUCAUGCAGCCAGGAUCCAUUCCAGGGAGUCACACCAUUUCAGCAAACAUGACAAGGAUGACAAGAAACAUGCCAAAUACACACGUUUUGGCAGUUCAGAGUGGUCUGUUGAAUGGGUAAAACAUCUUCCAAAAGUAUACCGGCUGCACUUCAAGUCUACGCAUGGCCAUUGGGAUCAAAUUAGCAAAGUAGAAGGCCACUUGGCAUCAUCUUCUUCUGAGUCAAGCAGCCGCAGCAGCAACAGCAGCAGUAGUAGCAACAGCAGCAGUAGUAGCAGAAGCAGUAAAAAGGCGGUUUCCAGCUUUCCGCAUGAGCGUACCUUCCUGGGAGAGAGAAUGCCACCAGGCUUCACCAUUGUGGCUCGCGCUGUUAGAAGUGACAACAAAAAUCAAGGUUAUCAAGCCACAGCGUACAAGAAUUCUGGUACUAACAAAGUUGACCUGCAGAUAGUUGUGGUUCAACUCGCUGAAUCUAACUGGAAAGCUUGUGCUGAUGCUGUCGUCUUACCUCUGAAAGCACAGGCAAGGUUGAGAUGGGGCAAGCAAUGUCAGAACUAUAAAAUUGAGGCAAGGGCUUCCACAGGCCAGCUCGCAAGAAAUCCAGCAAUACAGUUGAAGAUGGCAUGGACAAAGCUUCCAUCCUGGAUAAGGAAGACAUCCAUAAUGGUUACAGACUAUGUUCCUGGUGUAGCGUUCAUGUUGGGAUUCUCACAAGCAGUUCAAAGAAAUCCAUCACGUGAGCUUGUCUUAAGGGCAGCUGCAACAUCUCUACGAACAAUUGACGCAGUUAUUAAAGCUCCAGGGGCAACCCUUUACUAUCAGGGUUUCCCGAUUCCAUUUGCUUUGCCUGUAGGCCCAUAUCUACCUUAUCAGACUCCAGGAAUUACUGCGUGGAGUGUCCUUCCAGAAAUAGCUUCACGGAUUGCUCAAGAAGAUCAAGCCACAUGUGAACUGCGUGAAGAUGAUUUCAAAACAUUUGACAAAGUGAAGCACAGCUGUUCCUUCAACAAGAGCUGCAACCUCAUUGUGGCUCAGGACUGCACUGCUCAUCCCAAAUUCAUAGUGUUCACAAAGACAGCUGAUCCCAGCUCUUUCUCAAGGGAGGUUUACAUCAAUAUGAGCUCAUCAAACAUCACAAUCUAUCCGUCAGAAUCUUCCUCUCUCCUUGUGUCAUACAACAACGAGCCCAUACUAACAGACAGUGAUGUGUAUGAAAACACAGAAGAAAACAUUAACGUUUAUAGAAAUGACUCACUAAUUAUAGUAGAAGCUCCAAGCCAAGGACUGGAUAAUGUGACUUUUGAUGGUGUGAUACUUAAGGUCACUGUUGCUUCAUGGCUAAAAGGAAAGACCUGUGGUAUCUGUGGAAACAAUGACGGAGAGAAGCAAAAUGACCUCCUCUUGCCAAACCAUAGGCUAGCACACAGCUGUUCUGCUUUUGUCCAUUCCUGGGUACUGGUAGGAGAGGCCUGUUCUGGAGACUGCAACCUGGAACACAAUUAUGUGAACCUGGAGCGAUAUCCUAUUAUUGAUGGAGAGGAAUCUACAUGCUAUUCUGUUGACCCAGUACUAAAAUGUAGGAAAGACUGUACUUCAACUGAGAAGGAGUCAGUGAAGGUUGGCUUCCAUUGUUUUGCAAAAGAUACUGCUCCAAGCCUGUCCGAAUGGGAACGUAAUAGUGACAAGAGCUCUGCGUCUGAGGAAAUUGUGGAGUCAGUGGAUGCCGAUGUUGACUGUUCGUGCCCUAGUGAUUGUAGUUCAACUUAAUGCUUUAGCAUUGUGGUUAUAAAGAUACUACACCCAACUAAUUGAAUAGCUGGACCAAUACAAAGAGAAUGUAAUAGCUGCAGUAAAAUAUUAAGAAAUAUGCUUGGAAAAAAUAGAUAAGUCUAAUGCAUUGCAUGCUAAGUAAAAUGCUUUCUGUACAGUAUGCCCUGCUUAAUAAAUAUGUU